UUCAGCAGAAAAGCAGCUGCAGCAAAGCGAUGAUACGCUGUAACUAACAGCUUGUUAAAAACACAAGAGAAACUACAGACUCUGCUUCGAGGGUCAAGCUCGAUUCACCGGAUGGUGAACUUUUCUGAGCCCAUUUUUUGUUAAAAAUAAUAAACAUUUUGAAAGGACGUGAAAAGGCUUGUCAUGUUGAACACAGAGGAAAGUUCAUGGCUGGCGGGGUCACGGUUGCCCAGCUCCAUCCCUCAGCCUCCAGGGCCUCUGUGGUGCUCCGAUGCCCCUCACCCACAGCUGAAGAUCCCGGGUGGGCGAGGGACGGUCAGGGAUCACUCUCUCGGCGUGCUGCUACACAAGGAUGAGAAGUUGACCGUGACACAGACCACGGAGGUGAACGGGAACCCCACACUCCUCCACUUCCACUACCAGCUGAGCGAGCGCCGCUCGGCCUUCUGGAACAGCGCUUUGUCUGAGGACAGCCUUUUCCUGGAGAUUCCUGCUGGACCGCUGGUGGAGGGAAGCAAAGAGGGGCUCACUGCCCUGCUGGAAUUUGCAGAGGAGCAGCUGAAGGUCAACUUAGUCUUCCUGUGGUUCCUCAAAGGCCGAGAGGAUCGACAGUCCAUCAUCAAGACGUUCCACUACAUGGGCUUUGAGAUGGUGAAACCGGGCGACCCCUCGGUACCAGCCCGGCCCGACUUGGCCUUCAUGGUUUACUCUCUGGACAACAGCAGCUCGGACGAGGAGUGACCCCGAAACCUCGCCCUGCCGACCUCUUCUUGCUUUGGGUAGUGCCCCUACUCCCCCCGGAUGAGACUGUGGGACAAUAACUUGGACAAUAUCUUGACGACCUUUGCAAGGCGACCAUGUCUUCCCUUUAUCAAUAAAAUGUUACCAUGUCCAUUUUAAAAGAUAAACUUUAUGUUGUCCAUUCCAGCACAUGUCUCUCAGAAGUCAUGGAUCAGCUCGGUCCAGUCCACUAAACCAAAGCCUCUGAAUCACAAAACGACAACAAAAUGACAAACUUUUGUCAUUCCUGCACUGUAACGAGGCUUCUUGUGCCUAACCAGGAGAGUUGUUACUCUUCAGUCUUAUGGAGGAAUGUGUGGUGUGUGUGUUUGUGUGUCCAGAAAGACCACAUCAGGGUAUGACCAUAUAUGCAACUUGAUGAAACAUGCAGGAGGUGUCCUGCAGAUGUGUAAUUGAACACUUUGAUCACAACGCCAAAGAACCCAGUGUACCCCUGCUUGUCGGUGGUGUUGGAGCCCCAUCUUCAUCCAAAAUGUCCACUGCUAUUUUUAGCUCCAUGUUUGCUUGGGGGGGUGUUCUUAGUUUCGACAUGUCUUCCAGGUGUGAUUGAGCCUUCACUACACAGUAGAAGCUUAUAAUAUUGUUUAGUGUACAGUAUAUUUGUCUUUUUUGUGACAGGUGAGGUAUUUAUUGUGUUAGCCACCGGUUGAGGACAAUCCACGCUUGUACACUGUGGACAUGUGCCUCCCUCUGGGCAGGGGAAAAUAAUUAUCACAGAAAUAAAAAUAAAAACAUGGAAAAACUGAAGUUGUUGUCUACAGUAAAGACUACUAGCUGAGCACACAAAAAUAAAGAGUAUGACAAUUU